AUGGGUAUUACCAAGAUGGUCUGCGCUGUAUUAAUUGCCCAGCAGAGUGCUCAGAAUGUAGUAGCAAUCUGUUAUGCACAAAAUGCACUGACAUAAAUGCUAAUUUAUAGGAUGGAAAAUGCAGCUGCUCUACUGGGUAGUUUUUUGAUUUAACUUAAAAAAAAUGUAUUGGUUGCAUAAACAAUUGUUCUGUAUGCCAAGAUACAACUACUUGCUAAACUUGCUAGGAUGAUUCAAAAUAUUAAUUAGAUUAAACCACAAGAACAUGUGUUUGUAAAGAUGGAUAUUAUAUGGAAAAUAACUAAUGUGUUAAAUGCGACGAUGAAUGCUUAACAUGUUCUUCUAAAACUAUUUGUUAAAAGUGUAUAGACAAUACCAAAAAUCCUGGAGAAGGGGCUUGCAGAUGCUCCAAAGGUUAAGCUUAUGAUUUUAAUAGUAAAUAAUGUAAAUAAUGCAAAUAAGGAUGCUCUGUUUGUAAUUAGGAUUAAGAAUGUAAAUAAUGUGUAAAUGAUCCAGCUUAUCGUUUAGAAAAUAAAUAAUGUGUUUGCACUGAUGGUUAUUAUCUUGAUCAAGUUAGUAGUACUUGCUUAAAAUGCUCGCCCAUGUGUAAAACUUGUAAUAACGGAUAAACUUGCCUAGAGUGUUUGUAUAAAAGCGAAACUCAAAUAUUUGAUCAAUAACCUGGAAUUUGUUCAUGUAUAAAAGAAAACAGUUUCUUUGAUAUGA